CGGACCGACCUAGCGCGACGGCGGCUCGAGCCGUAUUCCAACACGGCGCCGAGCCGCGGACGAACCAGCCGCAUCUUCUCCCAACCUGCCGAUCCAACGCCAGCCCGCCACCACCUCGUCGCCGGCGAAAACCCCGGUGGUACCACCAGCGGUAGACCGUGGGAUUACAAUUCGGGCAUAAAGAUGGGGAAGAAGCAGCACAGCAAGGACCGGAUGUUCAUCACACGGACGGAGUGGGCGACCGAGUGGGGCGGCGCCAAGAAGAAGGUGGCCGCCGCGCCGUUCAAGCGCCUCCCCUUCUACUGCUGCGCACUCACAUUUCUUCCAUUUGAGGAUCCAGUGUGCACGGCUGAUGGAAGCGUCUUCGAUUUGAUGAGCAUAAUCCCAUACCUUAAAAAGUUUGGAAAACAUCCAGUAACCGGAGCAAUGCUCAAGCAGGAAGAUCUUAUUCCUCUCACGUUCCACAAGAACUCAGAUGGAGAGUUCCAGUGCCCUGUUCUGAACAAAGUUUUUACAGAAUUCACGCACAUAGUUGCUGUAAAAACUACUGGAAAUGUCUUCUGUUAUGAGGCAAUCCAAGAGCUUAACAUCAAGCCAAAAAAUUGGAAAGAGUUGCUAACUGAUGAGCCCUUCACUCGAAAUGAUUUGAUAACAAUUCAGAAUCCAAACGUGCUUGAUAGCAAGGUCCUAGGGGAAUUCGACCAUGUCAAAAAGGGCCUCAAACUUGAGGAUGAAGAGUUGCAGCGAAUGAAAGAUGAUCCAACCUACAACAUAAAUAUUUCUGGUGAUCUUAAGCAAAUGAUUAAGGAACUUGGGACGGAAAAAGGAAAGAUAGCCUUUUUGCAGGGGGGUGGAGGGCAGAAAGCUCAAAAAGAAAGAGUUGCUGCACUUGCUGCUAUUUUAGCAAAAAAAGAGAAGGAUGACUCAAAAUCGGGAAAAGAAUCUAAACCGCAACAGUGUUUCAGUAUUGUGGAUGCUGCUUCUGCUUCUGUCCAUGGCAGGAGUGCAGCAGCAGCAAAGGCUGCUUCUGCUGAGAAAACUGCUGCUAGAAUUGCUAUGCAUAUGGCAGGGGAUCGAGCUCCUGUAAAUGCUAAAUUGGUCAAAAGUCGUUACACUACUGGAGCAGCUUCACGUUCCUUCACAUCGACUGCCUAUGAUCCUGUUACCAAAAACGAAUUUGAGUAUGUUAAAGUUGAAAGGAACCCAAAAAAGAAAGGAUAUGUUCAGCUGCAUACAACCCAUGGUGAUUUGAAUUUGGAGCUUCAUUGUGAUAUAACUCCUCGGACAUGUGAAAAUUUUCUCACGCAUUGUGAAAAUGGUUACUACAAUGGUCUUAUCUUCCAUAGGAGCAUAAAGAACUUCAUGAUUCAAGGAGGUGACCCAACUGGCACAGGAAGUGGAGGAGAGUCCAUAUGGGGUAAACCUUUCCAGGAUGAGCCGAAUUCAAAGCUGCUACAUUCAGGAAGAGGUGUGGUCAGCAUGGCAAAUUCUGGUCCUCAUACCAAUGGAUCCCAAUUUUUUAUCUUGUACAAGUCUGCACCACAUUUAAAUUUCAAGCACACGGUAUUUGGUAUGGUGGUUGGUGGUUUGACCACACUUUCAGCUAUGGAAAAGGUUCCUGUUGAUGAUGACGACCGGCCAUUGGAUGAAAUAAAGAUACUAAAAGUUAGUAUAUUCGUGAAUCCUUACACGGAGCCAGAUGAGGAAGAAGAAAAGGCAAAGGAGGAGCAGGAGGAGAAAAAGGAUGAGGAUUAUGAUAAGGUGGGAUCUUGGUAUAGCAACCCAGGAACUGGUGUUUCUGGUUCAACAAGUGCUGGCGGUGGAGUUGGCAAGUACUUAAAAGCUCGAACUGCUGGCUCUGUUGAUGUGACUGGAAAUGCUGGUGCAGCUGAUGAUUCAAGCAAGAAGAGAAAAGUGAAUGCUUCUAGUGUAGAGUUCAAAGAUUUCUCUGGAUGGUAGAUGUUAUGUGUAUGCAUUUCCUCUUGCUUCUCACAGAAGAACCAGCUGGUGUAUACGCUGAUAGUAUCUUGACAUGUCAUUCAUGUUGUGCUAUGAUCUGUUAACUGUCCAAAAUGUGCAAGGCCCACAUUUGGGUGUGUGCUCUGAACUGUAUGCUUUGAUUCAAACCUUCUUGAUACUGAAAUGCUGAAAAGGCAUAAUCAAGCCGAGCAAUCCGUGUUCCAAUACACUAUUAUGAUUGAUGUUGCUGCGGCAAAAGGAA